GGGCCGACCACCCAAUCAGCCACGUUUCACACCCGGACCGAAAAUAGACAACACCGGGCGGUAAAAUCAAACCGCAGCGGAGGAACUGGGAAUGGAGCAGAAACUCCCAGUUAAACGGUCCCUUCAGUUAGAAAAAAGGGAAGUUGAAGCAACACCUCGCAAGAUGGAACACAAAAUUUCCAUUGAAAGAUUUUCCCCAGUCACUGGAACUCAGUGUCUUAGCCCUUUCACCCCUAAGGACUCCCAAUUUAGGGCAAAAACUGAUGUUUCAGAAUUGAACAUAGAGACAACUACAGUUUCCACAAGAGGGCAUCUGCAUGCAGACCAGAAAGAAUUAAAUAUUUUGAGGUCAAAUGUGGAAAAGUCUGUCUUGGUUAUCAAAGCAACCAGAGAGAAGCUGAGUGCUCUGCAGGCUUUGGAGGGCAGUAAAGAGUUGGAGUAUUUCAUUGGUGCUUGGAACAGGUCAGGGGAUCUGAAUGCUGAGCUCCGAAGAAACAGAAAACUCAGUACAACAGAAUGUCCAGGAAUGGGGGAUGGUAAUCAUGCUGAACUCCAUCCGGAAACAGGCCCAUGUGAUUUAGUCGCCACUCUCUCCAUGGAGGAAGCAUGAGGCUCAUUGCAUCAGUGAUGUUCCACGUAGACUUCUCCACUACGGACACCAAGAGAAGCAUAGCCUCAUGUAUCCCGGGACACAAGCUGGUGUUCCAAUGCCCACCGAAGUGCUAGUAUCUACGCUGGUGCCUGCCUCGCAGAAAUGGUGUGACGCAGGUGACAUGUGAGGGCCCUCAGGUGUGAGAGGGGUCAUCUGCAGCUCCUCCUGGGGUUAAAAUCCAGGUAGAAACUCAUAGAAGCUCAAGUGUUGGGUUUCACACCUUGACACAAAAGAAGGGCAGCUGGUCUUCUUGGAUACAGACUCUCAAUCUCAGUCAGAUAGACUGGAGGGGAACACCGAAAAUAGUGGCUGCUGUGCCAAGCAGAGGGAGAGACUGUUUUUUUGUUAACCACCAAGCAGAAUGCUGGUGAGUACAGAUUUCCUGUUUGAAGAGAUGGAACUUGUGGACUUAAGAUCAAGAAGUCACCAGAAGGUGCCUCGAUGCUGGGAAUUAGUUUGAUUAUAACUAGGAGAUUGAGUGAAUGGACUUUUGAAAGAACCCUGGAAAUUUGCCCUAGUGUAGCAGGGAGAAGAGAACUUGUUGGAUAGCUGGGAGGAAUUUGGCACUGCGAGGCUAUAUAUCUUAUGAAAGUGGCAUGAGGUUUACAGUUGUGUUAACUAGUUAAUGGGGAAAGUGUAUUUUCUGUAGUAUAGUGUAUUAGUUGCCUAAGUUAUUUUUAGUCAAUGUUGAUUUUAGUUUGUUUAUUACAAUAAAAGUCUUAAAAUAUAAAAUAUU